UUCUACAACUUUGACAACAGCUGAUCAGUUUGCCUCGACGAUCUCUCUUCGUCGAGUCUAAAUUCGACAAAUUCUGAGCGCUCAGUGCUCAGAGGAUCAAACUUUUUCAUUUGGCAAAAUGGAGAUACCAGCCCCUUCAAUUUUAUGUAGCCUCUUUGUUAUUGUGUUGAUCCUACUUCUACCAGAUACAUCAGUGUGUGAACCAAGAUCGCAGACCGUCCAGAUCACAUGUAGUACUCAACUCGAGCAUAAUACGACAGUUUUUGUCCCAAAUUUUGUUGCAGUUAUGGAAACUAUAAGCCAACAAAUGAGAACUAGAGGAUAUGGAGUUGCAGUUUCUGGCACUGGACCAGACACUAACUUUGGACUUGCCCAAUGCUAUGGUGAUCUUUCUUUACUCGACUGCGUGUUAUGCUAUGCUGAAGCACGAACGGUUCUGCCCCAGUGCUUCCCUUAUAACGGAGGGCGAAUUUAUCUUGAUGGAUGCUUUAUGAGAGCGGAGAAUUACACGUUCUAUGAUCAGUAUUUAGGUCCAGAGGACAGACAUGUAUGUGGAAACAGGACGACAAAGAGUACAUUGUUCCAACAGAACGCUAGGCAAGCCAUUCAGCAAGCAGUUGUAAAUGCACCGACUAAUAAUGGUACUGCACGUGUUCAAGUGUCGGUGUCUGGUCCUUCCAACGAGACAGCUUAUGUUCUAGCUGAUUGUUGGAAGACACUGAGCGCGAAUUCCUGUGCAGCAUGUCUGCAAAAUGCAUCUGCAUCCAUGUUGGGAUGCUUGCCUUGGUCAGAAGGUAGAGCUCUGUACACUGGAUGCUUCAUGAGGUAUUCUGAUACAAAUUUUCUCAAUGCUAUUUCUGUCAGUGAAGGCUCGUCAUCAGGAGGAAACGUUGUUGUCAUUGUAAUCGUUGUUGUUAGCUCCGUGGUCGUAUUGGGAGUAGGUGCUGUCAUUGGUAUUUAUGUCUGGAAGAACAAACAAAUCCAGAAGAAGAGAAAAGGUGCAAAUGACGCGGAGAAAUUAGUGAAGAUCCUUAAUGACAACAGCUUGAACUUCAAGUAUUCUACACUUGAAAAAGCCACAGGGUCAUUUGAUGAGGCCAAUAAGCUCGGGCAAGGUGGAUUUGGCACCGUUUAUAAGGGUGUUUUGGCAGAUGGCAGAGAGAUUGCUGUCAAAAGGCUGUUCUUCAACAACAAACACAGAGCUGCAGAUUUUUAUAAUGAGGUUAACAUAAUCAGUAGCGUUGAGCACAAGAAUUUGGUAAGGUUAUUGGGAUGCAGCUGCUCAGGACCGGAAAGUCUUCUUGUAUACGAGUUCCUCCCUAACCAGAGUCUUGAUCGCUUCAUAUUUGAUUCUAUCAAAGGUAAAGCUCUAAACUGGGAGAAAAGAUUUGAGAUAAUCAUAGGGACCGCGGAAGGUUUGGUAUACCUCCACGAAAACACAAAGACACGAAUAAUUCACAGAGACAUAAAAGCAAGCAACAUCCUGUUGGACUCGAGGUUCCGUGCAAAGAUUGCUGAUUUUGGGUUGGCAAGGUCAUUCCAAGAAGACAAGAGUCACAUAAGCACUGCCAUUGCUGGCACAUUAGGAUAUAUGGCUCCAGAGUACCUAGCACAUGGCCAAUUAACAGAAAAAGCAGAUGUUUACAGCUUUGGAAUUCUUCUACUCGAAAUCGUUACUGGAAGGCAAAAUAACAGGAGCAAACACGUCGAAUACACAGACAGCUUAGUUUCCAUUGCGUGGGAGCACUUUCAACGCGGGAUAAUGGAGAAGCUGUUUGAUCCGAAUCUCAUGUUGAAUAACAACCAUACAAUCAAUGUGAAAAAUGAGGUCACGAGAGUCUUACAUGUCGGACUUUUGUGCACUCAAGAGAUCCCAACGUUACGUCCAUCCAUGUCUAAGGCAUUACAAAUGUUCGUCAAGAAAGAUGAAGAGUUGCCUCCUCCUACUAAUCCGCCAUUCGUGGAUGAGAAAACCAUGGAACUUCACGACCCUUGGGAUAAGUACUUGCUUAAACAAGGCGAUUCUGCUUCGAUUGCCAACUUAUCUCACAGUUCUUUUUACCCCAGAUGAUGAUAUCUCUGUGCUCCUGAACUGAAAGUGAUGUAAAGAUUAUAGUUAUCUCAA